AUUUGUGAUGCGAUCGAAUCGAGCGAAGUAUAACCAGUCUUGCGAUUGCCUCCCAAACAUCUUAUACUUACUCAACAGUCUGCUACUCUGGUCCUAUAUCCACAUUCACUCGCCGGCAUCUCAGAGAUAAGUAAUUAAUGAUGAUGAAGAGCUUGAUCGUAGUGUUGGCUGCGGCGGCAGUGGCCCUGGCUGAUCAUGAGGAUGUGGGCAAACCGCUGCGCGCCAUCACCCGCAUCUCCUCCCCUCACAGCGAGCUGGUGCAGGGCAACCUGACCUUCACUCAGCUGCCUGACGGCAAGGUCCGAGUGGAGGGCGUGGUGCUCGGCAUGACCCACGGGCUCUACGGCAUGCACGUGCAUGAGAAGGGGGAUAUCACUGGAGGGUGUUUGUCCACUGGGGGUCACUUUAACCCGGAGCAUAAAAACCACGGUCACCCGAACGACGAAGACCGCCACGUGGGAGACCUAGGAAACCUGGAGUUUGACGAGAACAGGAUCGGGCGUGUAGACUUCGUGGACAGCAAGAUCUGCCUGACCGGGCCCCACAGCAUCCUCGGACGCGCCAUCGUGCUGCACGAGAAGGCAGACGACUUCGGCAGGAGCUCGCACCCUGACUCCAAGAAGACCGGCAACGCUGGAGGGAGAGUGGCUUGCGGCGUCAUCGGAAUCCUGUAGGAUAUCCCACUUUAUAUGCGUCUUUUGUAGGGAGUAAGGGUUUUCACACAUAAAUAAGAUAGGGCGUCAUGUUGUGGCACUGUCUCGUUCUCUCCUAUUGAACACCUGCGAGUGGAAAUGAAAUGCUUUCAAGACGCGAUGUUGUAUCGUGUUUAUGUGUGGAAGCCCUAAGGUGGAGGAAGAAGCGUCUGAUUGUGAUAUGUGGUUUGCACUGACUCAAUAAAGUUAACUAUCGUA